AUGAUAUACACUUUUGGUUCAACUGCUGCUAUGUACAACUGCACCACCACCGUCGUGACGUCACAUCGGGUUGAACUGGCGUCCGAGAUAACGCAGGAGAAGAGCGCUGCAGUCGGCGCACCAUCGCAAUUUUCGAUGUUCAGUUCAUCCGAGAAAUCUUAGGAAUCAGAGUGUCGCCGUUGGGCGUAAUGGACGAACCGAAGUUCAGAAUUAUUCACGAUCUCACUUUCACCUCUGGCGUGCCAAUCCGUACGAGCGUAAUCACGAUACGGACUUCGAUCAAGCACCUGAAUGCCUCUUGGGUCAUGUGUUGAGUGACAUUCUGAAGCGGGUGCUGUAUUUGCGACAAGCACACGGGGUGUCGUUGGAAAUUCUGAUCUGCCGCAUUGAUGUGAAAGAAGCCUUCCGACAAAUCCCGGUGGAUCCGUCUCGGGCAUCGGUUAUUGGGUACACGAUCUGAGAUCACGUGGUUGUUGACCUUCGGUGUCAAUUUAGAUGGCGAUCGAGCCCAGGGUUUUGGUCCUUGUUCUCGUCCGCCUUGGAACACUCACACACACACCACAUUUCAGGAAGCGUCCGUCUCUCCCGCCUGUGCUGCGGCUGUGCAGGAUGUUCAAGUAGUGUCCCCACCAGACGAAAGUACCGCGGUGCCGUUACCUCUUGAUUGCCAGACUAUUGUGGGUGACGGGGCGUUUCCUGGUUCUCCGUUUUUUGUGCGAUACUACGUUGAUGAUGGCGUGUUGAUUGAAGGGAGAUUUUUCGCUGAUGGUUGCCGAUGUUUGCGCGCGGUGAGUUCUCUCGCUACGGAUCACUUUCGUCUGCUGGGAGAGAGAGGACCAGCAGACCCGCCGUUGUUGCCGCAAGGACAGAUCACCGAUUUCGCUACUCGUUUGGAUGUGUUUGGCUGGACAUUGGACACUCAGCAACUCACGAUCACCAUGACCAACACGAAACAGCAGAAACUGGGACUGAUUUUGACUGCGUGGCCCGCGACGCGGAGAGUCGCUACAGCUCGUCAAGUAGCCGAGUCGACAGGGCUUCUCAUGCACGUUUCAUUCGUGUUGCGGCCAGGAACGUUUUUUGUGGGGCGCCUUUUGUCCGCGGUAGGGAUGCCUGCUUCGUCUGCUUUCGCGUCCCAAGUGCCGAGCCCGAACAGACGUGUAGUGCUGGGUCCAGUAUUCACGAUGACCUCGAAUUUUGGCGGUGGUUGCACGGGCGUAGUCUCUCGUUGCAGUUGAGCGCCCAUGUACAACAUUUUGGAACGCCCACCCAAACUAUCCGUGUUCACCGAUGCGUCUAAGCAAGCAAUUGGAGGGUAUUGUUUGCGGGCCGCCACUUUCGGUAUGAUCUGUCUGUGGAUGAGCAAGCUUGCCUUGUGGGGUCGAGCAAGUCGGUCCAGGGGGUCAAUGAUGUCAGCAUUAACGUGCUAGAGCUCCUGGGCAUGGUCAUGGGGGUGUGGGCGUUGGUGUUGGGUCAAAAGUUACCAGCCUGUGGAGGCGGGUGAUUGUGUGCGACUGUGAGGACACAACAAAGCAGCGACGGCGUGGAUUGAGCGUUGUCGGGGGGGCAUUGAGCCUCGAUCGGGGGCGCUGGUGCGCCUACUGGGGGCGCUUGAGGUAGCCAACUGGUGGCAUUUUNAUCCGUGUUCACCGAUGCGUCUAAGCAAGCAAUUGGAGGGUAUUGUUUGCGGGCCGCCACUUUCGGUAUGAUCUGUCUGUGGAUGAGCAAGCUUGCCUUGUGGGGUCGAGCAAGUCGGUCCAGGGGGUCAAUGAUGUCAGCAUUAACGUGCUAGAGCUCCUGGGCAUGGUCAUGGGGGUGUGGGCGUUGGUGUUGGGUCAAAAGUUACCAGCCUGUGGAGGCGGGUGAUUGUGUGCGACUGUGAGGACACAACAAAGCAGCGACGGCGUGGAUUGAGCGUUGUCGGGGGGGCAUUGAGCCUCGAUCGGGGGCGCUGGUGCGCCUACUGGGGGCGCUUGAGGUAGCCAACUGGUGGCAUUUUCACGCGACCCAUGUUCCCGGCAUACUCAACUCGCUUGCUGAUGGUAUCUCACGUUGGAAUACUAACGAUGUUCAUGAUAACCUGCACGCUGCCUCCCCUCAUGUGGCGUGGCAGAUCGUGGAGUUAGGCCCGAAGGUGCGCGAGUUGUGCUCCACCGUGCUGGCUUCGAGCUCGUCCGGCACGCACUUGCGCCGUCGUCUGAACAAGCUUACGUGGGAUUUUUCUGGAGGGUGGGUGAAGUUUCGAGAGGACGUCGUGGGGAGACCGGCGUUUAUAGUGCCGUCGCCUCCAUCGCCGGACAUUGUUUCGCAAUUGUUGGAGUACGUUGCGUACGCGUUCACGGUGUUGGGCUUGAGGCAGACGACGAUAGCUGGUCAUGUGUCUGCUGUUAAUUUUUUUCACCGCUUGUCGUAUGCGAUGGAAGUGGAUAGAUGCCAUUCAUUGAUCAAGCAGGCGCUCAAAGGGGUGGCACGAGGGCAUGCGGUGUAGGUGUGCAGCAACGGGUGCGACGUCCGGUUUUGUGGUCGAUGCUGAAGGAAGGAGGGCGUCUGGUGCCACCGUGGGGCACGGGUGGGCGCGUGUUAUUUCUGGCGUGGAGUGCGUCAAUAUUUCUUCUUGAUGCGGGCAUGUGAAAUGUUUGCUGGGUCCUCGUUGGUCAUGGAUUCUUGUCAUGGGUUGCAUCGGGGGGGCGUGGCGUUUUUUUCGGGUUCUCAUUAGUUGCCUCAUGAACGGAGGGGAGAGGCCGACAGAGUCGAGGUGCGGUUUCGGUCGUCGAAAGGCGACCAGUUUCGGAAGGGUGCCGUGUGUACGCGGGCGAGGCCGGGGCCUCCCCAGUCUGUGGAUUGUUGUUUGUUGUGGUUGGUUUGCUUCACAUUAAACUCGUGUCAGUUGCUCAUGCCAAAAUCUAGCAAAGACUCGGUCCGUGGACACAAAAAUGCUAGAGCCAUCAGAAGAUCUAAAGAACACACACACUAUUAGCAAGAAAAGGGUACACAAGCCCGAGGAGGUACACCUGCAAUCCCUGCAGCACGUUUACAUGCUCACAACUGAACUACACGCCCACACACUGCAAUUCGACUACAGCAGCAUCAUUACCCCCCUUGUCCCGCAUUUAACCAAAAUGAAUAUUUGUCGACUAAAUACAGCGUACUGCUGCUGUCUGAAGUGCUGUCAGAAUGAGUCCGUGGACAUUCAAUGAAAAACACCCAACCAAAGCCAUCAUUGCAAUUGACAAUAACCCGAAUCUAUCCAGAUCAUCUGUGUUAGGCACAGCAGUGUAAACAUCGACACUGACUAGGAAUCGUUCCACAUUGAAGGGGUCUUCCAUGAUGCAGGUACACCAUGAAGGCACCCGGGUUAUCCGCGCCAUCUCUGCCGCGUCUCUCUACACAACCAGUGACGUCAUCACACACACCCAACACCUGUAUUCAGGAAAAAAACGGAAAAAAAUUGACAACACAAGAGAUGUUUGUCCGUGCGCCACGGUUCGAUGCCGUCAGCGUGGUCCAAAGCCGCUGCUCCGGCGCCGCUGCUCCGGUGCCGCUGUGGCCAGUCCUAGUACGACCAAACUCGACCCGCUCCGCUUCGUACACGCUCUCGUUGCUGUCCAUCCCAGUCGGUUCCU